CGCUUCCCCGGCAGCGCGCUCUGCCAGCGCAGCCUCGCCGAGGACGGCCUCUGCGGCGUCGCGGGCGAGCCGCCCGUCGGCCUCUUCGCCCACGACAACGAGAUCAACAUCCUCAAGGACUCGUACAACCAGGUGGACGUGACGCGCGACUGCAAGCCCAUCCUCAAGCUCGAGGACCACCUGCGCCCGGUGCACCCGCCCAACGUCUACACCCUGCCCGAGCUCGACGAGGACGUCGACGAGGACAACGCCGAUCUGUAGGCGGCGCGCCCCCUGGGAAACGCGAGGAGCCGGCCGCCUCGUCUGUCCAAGCUACCGACGCACUCGGUCCUGCUCCUCGAAAACUUUACCUGCCAAUUUUACCAGCGACAUCCCAAUCAAAGUCCGACACCUUGGGACUCGCUUUUCUCGCUGCACGCGAACCUACUUACUAUCCCAUUCUCUUUCUCCACUUCUCCGAGCUCGCCGAGCCCUCGUUUGCUCAGCCGGCCACCCCUUGCCCCACAACGCCACCACGCAAAAAUAAACGGUACGGCGUCGAGGCUGCACAGCCUGCCGAGCCUGCCGAGUCCGCUCCCAGCGCCAACCUCCCUUGUUCCUUUGCAUUUGUCCAUAAUCAAUGUUUUUGCCGUAUUUUAUCAUACAUUUACGCGCAUAAGCAAGCAAAUCAACGCGUACCUUUACGUUAAAUGUUAUACGUUCGUGAUAUUACAUCAUAAAUUAUCACAAGAAAUUCUCUGAAUCAUCCUCAUUCGAUCAUGCUUAGUCAGAUAUACGAAACAUAAGUAAACAAUUUUACAAACUUUCGAAAGAAUCAUAAUGUACAUAAAAACUGUCUCAUUCUUAUCAGCUUAUCGAUGGUAUUCAAUACUGUGUUUCAAAAUAAAACGAUUGCCGUAAAUCUCUUAAAUAACUACAAAUUCAUGUAAAUAAUCAAGAAAAGGGAAACGGCCAUUCGCUGUCCAUUACUUUGGAUUCAUCAAUUGCAGCGAUACUGUAAUAAACAUAGAGAAUGUUUCUUGUUUUUAGUCUUUUUCAUUUGUCAACUUCUUUUACCAGUAAGAAAAUCCAAAUUCAUAUGAAUAGCGCAACAGUUUAAAAACACUUUUUAACUUCUCUUGGUAAGCCUAUCGUCUAAAUUUACCACGUAAGAUUAACGAAGCAGCUAAUAAAAAGAGUUGUAUAAAACGUUAAAGAUAAUACAGAUUUUACUUAAAUUUAUAAAACUUCUUGUUACAGCAGGUUUGGAUUUUUUGUAAUCUUUUAUACUGUUUGUAUAAAACGCGAUAUCCGUGUAACAGAUUUAAAACAGUUUCCAAAAUAGGAAAAUUAUUACGUUGGUGAAUAAAAUAUUAUAUAAUUAUAAUAUAAAAACAAAAGAAAAAAAAGAAAAUAUUUGUCGUUCAAAAGUGAAUAAUUUCGAGAUUUUACAUUAUUUUUCUAGGGGUGCAUUUAAAAUAAAGCCCGCACUAAAUAUGGAAGCAAACGUUACUGAUCAUUUGAAAAGUGAACUCGACACUCGUCGUGACGAAAAAGGACAAAAUCAAAUCUCAACGUUUUGUGUAAGGAUCGAAGUCGAAGAGAGAAUCUGGUAGAUAAGUAUUAAAAACGUAAAAUGUUAUGCAAACUAAAUGUAACAGAUGGAUAAACGAGAGUGAUAAAGGAACAUUCUACUGUCGAGAAGCCUUCGGUCGCACGCUUGAAGACGAUAAUCGAUAUUUUAUACACACGUGUCACACUCUGAUGCGCGCAUCGGUGUGUGUGUGUAUAUGUGUGCGUGUGUGUGUGUGUGUGUGUUUGUAUAUGCGCUUGGAGCCAUGACGAGUGGUCUGAACAAUAUAUCCACGCAACAAUGUCGGGUGAACAUCAGCCUGCGACUCGUUUCACGCAUGACGUUUAUUUCUCGACGUCGCAUGUAUGUCCUAUAUAUGCAAAGAUUCUAAUGUACGUGGAGUAAAACUGAAGAGGCAACUCUUUUCGUAUUGUACAUACACUUUAUUCAAAAAUCGACGUCCCGAUGUAAAAUACAAUAUUGUAUACACGUCUGUAUAAUCCUUUGUCGAGCAAUGUAUAUCUUAAAGUAUUAAU